CUGAUCUUGCACGCUGCUGCUGUCGUCUGCUUUCCUGUACAUCCCCGCUACAUCACAGGAAUGACCUUUAUACAGCAGAUCCUCUGAAGCCCUCUGCCCUCCUGGACAAUCACAUGGACACAUACAUAUCCUGACAGCAUGGGCUCCAGACUGAAACAAAACCCUGAGCAAACCUUCUACUGGUUCUUUGAGGCGACUUGCCCUGUAGCCAGAGACAAAGAUCCUGGUGUAUUGUUCCAGUUUCCAGAGGACUUCAAUGAUGAGGAGUCUUGUCAAACAUUACCCAGGUUCUGCUUCCCGUAUGACAUACAAAGAGCGAGGGAUGGUGCAGCCGUGCAGCACUUUACUUUUGUUUUGACUGACAUAGAGGGAUGCCAGCGGUUUGGAUUUUGUCGUCUCACCAACAGCACACACACCUGCCUAUGCAUUCUCAGUUAUCUUCCGUGGUUUGAAGUGUUUUACAAACUCCUCAAUAACCUGGCUGAUUAUCUCGCAAAAGGACAGACCAAUGAGAUGAAAGCACUCCUGGCUGCGCUCUACAAACAGUCCAUACCACUGGCAGCAGGAUCCGUCACUCUGCAGAUGGGAGAGCAGCUUUUGGUCAGCACAGAGGUGUCCUGUCCUACUGGACACCCAGAGGGACAAGAGGGGGUUCCUUACUUCAUUGCUCCGGACCCCAGAAGUCUCCCUUCCAUCCCUGAAAAUAGGAACCUGACUGAACUGAUCGUGGCAGUUGAUGUGAGUAAUCUGCUCCAGCUCUACGCCAGCAUGCUGUUUGAGAGACGCAUUCUCAUCUUUGCCAGUAAACUCAGCACUCUGACGUCUUGUGUGCAUGCACUUAGUGCAGUGUUAUACCCCAUGUUUUGGCAACACAUCUUCAUCCCUGUCCUACCCCCCCACCUACUGGACUACUGCUGUGCACCUAUGCCUUAUCUGAUAGGCGUCCACACCAGUCUAUCUGAGAGGGUGAGAAGUCGUGGUCUGGAGGAAGUUGUCAUUCUUAAUGUGGACACAAAUACUCUGGAAACCCCCUUUGACGACCUGAAGAAGAUACCUUCAGAUGUGAUGUCUGGUCUAAAGGUGUGUUUGAAGCGUCAGGCGGUGACUCCUGGCUGUGGUGUGUCGAAGGCCUUCCUCAAAGCUCAGGCUCUGCUGUUUGGAGGCUACAGGGACGCACUGCAGAGUCAGCAGGAAGGUGAACUGUGGUUCAAUGAGGAGCUGUUUCUCGAUCACAAGUCCUCCAGUAUGAGACAGUUCCUACAAAGCGCUGUUCAUCUCCAGUUCUUCAAACAGUUCAUCGAUGGUCGUCUGGAUAUUCUGAACAAAGGGAAGCAACCUGAUGAUCUCUUUGAGGAGGAGAUCCUCAACUGUGAAACUACAGCAGGGAGAGGCAAAUCUUAUCAACAUUUAGUUGGUAACUUAAAGAAGGGUGGAGGAGCACUCAUCCUGAACAUGCGAUCUAAAGCAAACAUAAAGGCCAAAGGUCUCGCCAAGACCGGUUUGAAAAACCUGCUGAUACACAAGCCCAACAAUGAAGGACACGCCCUGCAGAGGGGAGGAUCUGUGUCACACCGCCGUGCCCAGUCAGACUGCCUGCAAAACCGUCUGCCGAUCACACAGCACUUUGGGAUGUCUCGUCCCCGUCGGCCUGUCAACAAACACAGGGCUCCCAAAGACGAGGAGGGUACAAAGGACUCUGGAGAUACAUGGGACGGAGCUGUGUCUGAGCCUGUGGUCGGGCUCGACUCUGAGCUCCAGAAGGAUGAGGACGAUGAGGAAGAUUCCCUGCUGUGUGACUCAGAGGAAAUGGAUCUGCUCGGGGAGAUCUUUGACACACUCAGUUCCCGCAGCCUCCACGAGCGUGGUCUGCUGUACGGCACACGUAGCCUGGAUCUGUUUGGAUCCGACAGUUAUGACUAUAUCACAAAGGUCGGUUAUCCAGCCAACCCCAGCCAGGAAAGCCUGAAUCUGUCCGUCAGUGGCAGUGGCAGCCUGCACAGUUGGAACCUGGAAAUCACGGAGGAACAAUCAGAUCAGAUGGAGGACCCUGACUGGCUGAACCUGGACACUGGGGUACCAGAAGAAGAUGGGACAGAGAGUCUGCAAGCUGAAAUAAAGGAGCAAGAAAGCAGUGUGGAACAGGAAGACAUAAAUACCUCUACAAACAGGAAAGAAGAAGAAACUGAUGAAGAUAGACCUAUUUUUAAGGAAGUGGAGCUAAAUAAGGAGAAAAUGAUCUUUAAGAGAGAGAGUUUAGGAGAAGAUGGAGUUAAAGAAAUGUCUGAAAAUCUAGAAGAAGAAGAAGAAAAAAAUGGUUAUGUGCAAAACCAGAGCAAAAAGGAUGAGGAAGAAGAGAUGAAAAAAGAACCACAUGACAUGCAGAAUGUAACAAGAAAAGAAGAAGAAGAAGAAAAAAAUGAUUAUGUGCAAAACCAGAGCAAAAAGGAUGAGAAAGAAGAGAUGAAAAAAGAACCACAUGACAUGCAGAAAGAUGUAUUAAGGAAAGAAGAAGAAGAAGAAAAAAAUGAUUAUGUGCAAAACCAGAGCAAAAAGGAUGAGAAAGAAGAGAUGAAAAAAGAACCACAUGACAUGCAGAAAGAUCUAACAAGGAAAGAAGAAACUGAGACCCAGGAAAACAAACUGACAAAUCUCCUUCCCCAUCAUCCCAACCCAGAAGCUCCAGCAGCUCAGGACAAAACGAGAGAGGAAGCCGUGAAGAAAGUGCUCUCUGCUGUAGCGCGUUUCCAGUUUCAGGAGCAGAGCCAGAGCUUUCAGCUGAAGUCCAGGACCAGAGACCCGAAUGAACCGGGGAGAGUUGGUAAUAGGUUUCAGGGCAGGGGUAGCACACAAACUCACCUGCCAUGUGGCUCAAACACAUCAGAGGAGAAACAAUGCUCAGAGAAGCAGGGAGAGGAGGAGGAAGAGGAGCAGCCGCCAAUCAAAGUGUCUGAGCUGAAGAAGAGAUUUGAAGGUUAAAGCUCCUGUGAGGACGUGUUAAAUGGUUAUAAAAACAGACUGACUUUGAUACUGAUGGAUCUUUAUGGCCAAAAAGUCAAAUAAGAGCACUUGAAAAAAUAAUGACUUUUACUAUGUAGUUACUUUUAAUGCCUAAAACUGCUACUGCAGGGUAGGUGUAAAGUGGCAAACUUCAUGGAGAGGAGAAAACAUUUCUUGUGGUAAAAAAGAGGACAGGAGUCUGACUGCAGAGCGCUGCUCUUACAGACAACCACUGAGUUACCACCUCAGUCAGGACAGAAGCAGCUAAAGUGAGCCAGUGACAUAACUGGCUCAUUUUAGCUACAUUAGCUUUAACUACAAAGCCAAAGCUAACAUAGAUUAGCUAGCUACCUAGCAUACAUAACUAUGUACGCUAACAUAGCUAUAUAUGUGCCAGAGUUGUGAUGUAGAGAACAUGCAAAAAACCAAUAAUAUGAAUAAAAUUG